GAUAGAUCGUUUUCUUUCGGAAACCUUCGGAUUUACAAUGGCUGCCCCCUGGUUGACACAUCGCUAGUGCUGCACUGGGAAUCGGCAGUGAAUUCCAACCGUUCCGUUACCGACCGUACGUACGUGUAUUCCUUUGCACUGGAGCCUUGGAUGAUUGACAAAUAAAGCUUUAAAAUGGCUGUUGGAACAGGUUACAAGCCCCCAGGUUUCUUAGGACGGAUGGCCUAUGAGAAACAAGAAACUCUCUUGAAGUUGUUCAUUCUUGUUUCUUGUAUGAUUUUAUCUUUUUCAACUCGUCUGUUUUCUGUAUUGCGGUUUGAAAGUGUGAUUCACGAGUUUGAUCCAUACUUUAACUAUCGAACAACGCGAUUUCUUGCCGAGAAAGGAUUCUACAGCUUUCAUAAUUGGUUUGAUGAUCGGGCAUGGUAUCCUCUUGGACGUAUUAUUGGAGGAACUAUAUAUCCAGGGUUGAUGGUGACCUCCGCUGUGAUUUACCACAUUCUAAAUUUCUUCCACAUUACUAUUGAGGUUCGCAAUGUCUGUGUGUUCUUGGCCCCUUUCUUUUCCUCCCUCACAACUUUGGUAACAUAUCAUCUUACCAAAGAACUCAAAGACACCAGUGCUGGACUUGUAGCAGCAGCUAUGAUCUCCAUCGUGCCUGGAUACAUUUCCCGUUCAGUAGCAGGCUCUUACGAUAAUGAAGGAAUUGCCAUUUUUUGUAUGCUCUUAACAUACACCCUCUGGAUCAAGUCUGUCAAAACUGGCUCCAUUUUCUGGGCUAGCCUGUGUGCUAUUGCAUACUUUUAUAUGGUAUCAUCAUGGGGUGGAUAUGUUUUCCUUGUCAAUUUGAUCCCUAUGCAUGUGCUAGCCUUGAUGGUCACUGGUCGCUUCUCUCAUCGUAUCUAUUUGGCCUACUGUGCCUUCUACUGCCUUGGAACUAUCCUGUCAAUGCAGAUUUCCUUUGUUGGAUUCCAGCCCGUCCAGUCCAGUGAACACAUGGCUAUUUUUCAGGAUGCAAAGAUCAUGUCUUGGUGGGAUUAUGGCUAUCAGAUAACAGCUAUGGCAAAUCGUACCAUCUUAGUAGACAACAAUACCUGGAAUAAUACACAUAUUUCUAGAGUUGGACAGGCAAUGGCAUCACCAGAGGACAAAGCCUAUGAAAUUAUGAGGGAGUUGGAUGUUGACUAUGUAUUGGUAAUAUUUGGUGGAUUGACUGGUUAUUCCUCAGAUGAUAUUAACAAGUUCCUUUGGAUGGUUCGUAUUGGUGGCAGCACUGACAGAGGUGCCCAUAUCAAAGAGAAUGAUUACUACACACCACAGGGGGAAUUCCGAAUCGAUAAAGAAGGUUCUCCGACACUCCUUAACUGCCUUAUGUAUAAGAUGUGUUAUUAUAGAUUUGGAGAAGUGUACACUGAAGGAAGUAAACCAACAGGCUACGAUCGUGUCCGGAAUGCAGAGAUUGGAAACAAAGAUUUUGAGUUGGAUGUCUUGGAGGAGGCUUAUACUACAGAGCAUUGGCUUGUUAGAAUUUACCAAGUUAAAGAUUUAGAAAAUCGUGGCGUUUAGGCUUCCAUUUUUUAAUUUUUUUGAAUAUUAUUUGAACUUUAAACAAUUUGUUUUUAUCCGAGUUUUAUCAGACAUGAUAAAAUUGAUGAUAAGCAUUUGUUUCUUUUUUCUUUAAUCUUGUAAUAAAUUGUUUGGACCUCAACAGCAAAUUAUUUUACAUAUUUUUCAAAUGAAUAUGGAGGUAAACCAUUUGUUGGUCUUCAGGUAUUAAAGUAUCAGUUUGUGUCACACCUACAUUGGUCAUUCUCACCUUAAUAUUUAAUUUUUGAUUUCUUAACUUACCUUUAUUUUUCCUUUAUAUUCUAUAAAUCAGAUAUAAAAUAUUUUAAUUCUACUCAAGUUUAAAUUUCUGUUUCAAUUAAACAGAGACUAAAUCAUGAUGCUCAGCUAAUACAUUUUUAUUGCAUCUCAAGUUCUUUUAAGCCUGGCGCACACUGGCAUACAGUACAUAAUUCCAAAUAGUUACGGCUGCAUUAGUAAUGGUAGUCAAAAGAGUGCCCUCUAUAUGAGUGCUGCAAUUGGGGUCUUUUUAGGGUUCCCCCUAGCACAUGUGAUGUCUAUGUUGUGAUGACAAAUACUGUAUGUACAGUGUAUGUCGCACAAUUCCAAUAUUUAUAUUUGUAACAGAUAUCGCAAGAGAAUUCCCUCCCAGAAAGCACGCAGCUUUUUCCUCUAUAGUGGGAAAAUAUUCACUGUAAAUUGAUCGGUGUAUAUGUAAGAUCAUUUGACUGUAACACGACGAUGCAUCGCUUAAUGAUGAUCCACUCAAACUGUAUUCAGCAGAUUGUUGUACCUUCGGGCUAGCACUCUAGUUUAGCACGGACAAAUUUACUCAGCCGAUGGUGGGCCGGUAGUAUUUUGAUGCAUUGUGUACUGGGCUAUAUCCUUUCAUGCUUUGAAGAUGUAUGAAAUUAAAUAUGUGAUGUAUUCUGGUGUGAAUAAAUCAUGUUCUGUAA